UCUUUCUGUUAUUCUCACGGCGGAGCUUCCAACGCCGACGUCUACAGAGAGAGAGAGAAACCGUCGCCAGCAAAGCAAAAAUCAAUGUGCUCUGUAAAGCACAAGCAGAAGCACCAAAACAGCCAGAAUCACCACCGCAUCUCCCCCUCCACCGCGACCUCCGGCAGCGGCGAGGAUUGGAGAGAUGUGGCCAUCGCCACCGGAUCGCUGAAGCACGUCGACCUCAACACCGGAUCCAACGGCUGGGCAUCGCCGCCGGGGGACAAUUUCUCUGUCCGCGGUCCGAAUUACCUCGCGAAGAAGGCUAAAACCCCCGCCGGCGAGUGGCUGAUGAAUCCCGCCGGCGUCGACUGGCUCAGAUCCAGCGCAAAACUCGAUCACGUCCUCGCGCGGACGGACAACCGCGUGAUGACCGCGCUACGCGCAUCGAAGUGCGAGAAAUCUUCUAAAACGUUCAUCAUCGCGAUCAAUUUACAAGUCCCCGGGCGCGAGCAUUACUCCGCGGUUUUCUACUUCUCCAGCAAAAUCGACGAGCCGAUUGUCUCGAAUCCGCUGUUUCACCAGUUCAUCAACGGCUCCGACGCCUUCCGAAACAGCCGAUUUAAGAUCGUGAAUAAGAUCGUCAAAGGACCGUGGAUUGUGAAAUCGGCGGUGGGGAAUUACUCAGCGUGUUUGUUGGGGAAGGCAUUGAAUUGCUACUAUCACCGCGGACCUAAUUAUUUGGAAAUCGAUGUCGAUAUCGGUAGCUCCGCAAUCGCCUCCGCAAUUUUGAAGCUGGCGUUAGGUUGCGUGACGGCGGUGACGGUGGACAUGGGGUUUUUGGUCGAGGGGCAAAAGGAGGAAGAGCUCCCCGAGCGGCUGUUCGGCGCCGUGAGGAUUUGUCAAAUGGAGAUGAGCUCCGCCACGUUUGUUGAUAGCGCCGCCGUUGCAACGAGCAAGGUUUUGCCGAUGAGUAGCGGCGGCGAAAGCGAAAAUGAGGUUUGAUUAACUCAUCAUUUUCGUUGUUAUUUAGCUAUUGGUAAGUAUAUUAAACAAAUACUAUUAUGAUGAAUCCCUUAAUGUAGUAAUAAUCGUUUAGUUGCAAUGGUGAUUUUAUUUAAUUUCACCAUUUUGAUUGUGUUACCUUUAAUUUCUUCAUCACUGACAUUAAAAAGAACUUGGAAAAAUGUUUAUAAUAUGAUGGUAACCCUACAACAGUUAUAGAUAUAUAAAUAAUUAUUGCCUUUUGCUUGGAAUGCUCAAUCUGCACAGUGCAAUGCUAUUGAUUAAACUCCGGCCUAGAAAUUUGUGCUUUUCAUGUUAUGUCAUGGAAAUUUAGUCUUCUUGAUUGCUCUUGUAUCUUAAAAAGCUAUUGUUUUCUUCAACUCCUACAAGAUGAUGAGGAUGGCCCCGUCAAGAAAAAAUAGAUUUUGGUUGCUUUCAUAAAAGAAAGGACUCAACCUUUUUUGCUAAUAAUUCCGAAUUUGGUUGGUUUGCAUUAGUUUUACUUCGUCUUAUUAUAUGUUAACUGUUGAAUGUAUCAUAUUAUUCUAUGGAUAUUGAAGGGAAGCUAACAAUGAAGAAAGGGAUAUGGCUACCUUUUUCUCCAGCCAUCCAAAAGGUAGGAAGGAGAGAGCCAUAUUUUGCAUCAUUUUUCUUGAAAGAUCUCAUUUUCUUGAGGAUUCCACUAUUUCUGAGAAGGUAAGGGUAAGUUUGAAGUCUGAAAAUCACUCAGUAAGAAAAUGUACUUUAACAUCUACCUUGGAAGGGCAUGAAUGAGGUACAACAAUCAUGAAUCAUGAAUGACGAAUAACGAAUCAUAAAUCA